CCCGAGCCCCCCCGGGCUCCCAGGCCAGGGUGGGAGCGGCUGAGGGUUCGGUUCCAGGGGGAAUUUCCUAAAGCCCAGAGAGCAAACGCUGCUGUCAGCCCUGGCACGCCUUGCUCCUGCGCUAUAGUGCGCAUCAAGCUCAUUAAUGGAGCAAGAUCUGCUUCUCCCUGCAGGGGCUUAGAAGUCAUUUAAGUUCCUACUGCACCUGCCGACUUUUAGCCUGGCUUCUCCUGUUCCAGGAAUGGAAUUUAAGUUACGUUAGCAACAGAAGGUUGUAGCAGUCCAUUGUCAGCUUUUCUAGGAACGGGGUUUCCCUUAAAACCGUGCAGUGCUUGGUGGGACAUCAAACACCACGGCUGGUCCUGUGUCUGUCCUCACAGAGGGGCUGAUAUGCAGCUGUUCAGGUGACCAGUUUAUUCAUCCUUUCUGAAACACUGCAAGAAGAGUACUCCCAAGAGGCUUCCCUCCAUCAUCAAGAUGGAAACCAACCCUGGACAUUCCUCCACAGCUGAGCUGCAGAAGCAGGGAAAGAAGCUCUCAGAUGCCUUGAGGAUCAGUGCCUACGUCUUCAGUGCAGGCCUGCUCAUGUUCACUGCCCUGAUGAAUGCUUCUUCUUGGUUAAUGCAGAAUAUAACAUUAGACAAUUUCUGGCAAACAGCAUGGUUGGAAUUCUACGACUAUAUGGAAGGAGAUGAGUGGACAAUCUUCCUUGUUGGGGCUGCAUUGGUGCCUGCACUUGCUUUCUGGGGCUUCAAUGGAAUCCUUCUGGUGGCUGAUAUAACAGGAAAGCCAACUUUCAUUACUCGCUAUCGCAUUCAGCUGGGCAAGAAUGAUCCUGUGGACAGAAAGAAACUGUGGAAAGCCAUCUACACAGCGCUGGGUAAUCAGUUCUUUGUCUCCUUCCCCAUGCUUGUGCCCAUGUUCUACAUCAUGCAAUGGUGGGAAAACACCUUCAGCAAGGAAUUGCCAACCUUCCAAUGGUUUCUUGUGGAGCUAAGCAUUUUUACUGUAAUAGAGGAAAUUCUCUUCUAUUAUACACACAGGCUUGUUCACCACCCAGUGCUGUACAAGCACAUCCACAAGAAGCACCACGAGUGGACAGCCCCCAUCGGCGUGGUCUCCAUCUAUGCUCACCCUCUAGAGCACAUAGUCUCCAACACUCUGCCUGUCAUGACUGGACCGAUGAUCAUGGGAUCUCACAUUGUUUCAGUCUCAGCAUGGUUCUCCAUUGCUCUUAUAACAACAAGCAUUUCUCACUGUGGCUACCACCUGCCCCUCCUGCCAUCUCCAGAGUUCCACGACUUCCACCACCUCAAGUUCAACCAGUGCUACGGAGUGCUGGGAGUGCUGGAUUUCCUGCAUGGCACAGACAAAAUGUUCAGACAGACCAAAGCCUUCGAGAGACACAAAAUCCUGCUCAGCCUCACACCACUCUCUGAAAGCAUCCCAGACCCACCCAAGAAAGAGGAGUGAACCAGCCCAGCAGCUCUUGGCCAGCCUGGUGAUGAGCAGAGUGAGAGACAAUGAUUUAUGCCAAAUAGUAUUUUAAUCAGGAAACAAAUUCUUGUCCACAUAUAACAGAUGAAGCUGAAGUUAAAUAUGCUGCUUGGAAACGACUGCACUUUUGCUGACAUUGUUUUCUAUAUAAGACACUUAUAAAAAAACCUGCUCUAGAAAUCUAUUUGUAAAAUUUAAUUGUUUAUCUGUUACUUGCACUGUCCCCUGGUUCCAUCUGCCUGUGUAUGAGGCAGGUGUGUUCUGGGCCACAUGGCUCAGGCUUCCCACUGGUCAGCCCAUUGUCCCACAGCCCUACCUGUGGAACCAAAGCCACUUCCUCUGCUCCUCUCCAGUCCCCGACUACACCAGGAGGAACCCAGCCCAGUUACCUGAGAGGGCAAGUCAGCAGAACAGAAAACCCACGCAGCACUGUCUUUUGAACUUUUUAUUUUUAUACAUUUUUUUUGUAUUAAAAAGGAAAAAGCAUAAUUACCACAAAUUACAAAGGACUAAAGCAUUACUAGAAUAAUGAAUCACAUCAGCCUAGAAAGCAGAUACUCUGAAUAAUAUUAAUGUUAUAAUACAAGCUCUCAUUCAAGUAUUUUACAUUUUUCUCUGUUCCUUUUAUACGUGAUGAUGAUCCUAGCACAUGGGUCAAAGAUUAUGUACUAUCGACAGAGAUGGAUCAUGUACAGCAGGCCGUAGUAACAAGAUUUUCCUCCCAGGUGA